AUGCUAACGGACCGGGAAGGAGGAAAAAAAUCGUCAGAUGGACCCUUCAUAUUUAAUGGGCUAGAAAGAGAUCUCGCAUCCAGCGCCUUGUCCGAGUCAAAUGACCCGGACUCUCUUUAGCAUGAUAUUUCAAGCUUUGGACAUGGUAAGAUCCAUCAAUCGGAGAAGACAAAGAACAUGGAUAAAAUGUCAUGUCCACUGCGGAGGGACAAACAGAAAACAACGAACCAAACGACGGGUCAUGAUUUGUUGUGGUUGGCUGGCACGGCGGAGGGAUAUAUCAACAAGAGCUGGCAGCAAUAUAUCAUUCGCCUGCAACAACAUCAACAAAGGCCGUGCUUUAUAGGAUGUCUAGUGUUCGAGUGUGUUCUCACUGGGUCGAUUCUAUGGCCCCACGACAUCAUUGCUUAUCCUGACAUCCUGACCUAA